AUGGAACACCAGUUGCUUUGCUGCGAAGUGGAGACAAUUAGGAGAGCGCACCUAGAUCCUAACUUGCUUACAGACAGAGUCCUACAGACAAUGCUAAAGGCUGAGGACAACUACCUUCCUGCUACAAACUACUUCAAAUGUGUUCAGAAAGAAAUCGUGCCUUAUAUGAGGAAAAUACUAGCAACAUGGAUGCUUGAGGUCUGCGAGGAACAGAAAUGCGAGGAGCAAGUUUUCCCUUUGGCAAUGAAUUACUUGGACAGAUUUUUGUCUGUCGAACCGACGAAGAAAACAAGAUUACAAUUAUUGGGAGCUACCUGUAUGUUUCUGGCGUCGAAAAUGAAGGAGACUUUUCCCUUAACAGUUGAGAAGUUAUGCAUCUACACCGACAACUCCAUCCGACCCAGCGAAUUAUUGCAAAUGGAGCUACUUGUGCUGAACAAACUGAAAUGGGACCUAGCUUCGGUCACUCCACACGAUUUCAUUGAACAUUUCCUCUCCAAACUGCCCGUCCACCAGGACACCAAGCCAAUCCUGCGCAAACAUGCUCAGACGUUUGUGGCUCUCUGUGCUACAGACGUGAAAUUCAUUGCCAACCCUCCCUCGAUGAUUGCGGCUGGCAGUGUUGCGGCGGCGGUACAGGGCCUAAACCUCAGGAGUCUCAACAGUAAGCUGUCAUCCCAGGGCCUCACAGACUUCCUCUCUCAGAUCAUCAAAAGUGACCCGGAUUGCUUGAGGGCAUGUCAGGAGCAGAUUGAGUCACUGUUGGAAACCAGUCUCCGGCAGGCGCAACAGCACAGCAUCUCUACGGAGACCAAGAGCAUCGAGGAUGUGGAUCUAUCCUGCACUCCGACAGACGUGAGGGAUGUGAACAUUUGA